UGGGUGUUCGGAUUUAUAUGUCACUUAGUAUAUGUUCUAAGGGUUUUUGGUGAAUGUUUGUCUUUAGUGACAUUAAAGAUUAAUAGUGAUAGUUUGCGACAAUUAUUAUAAACAUUUUUAUGCCGGACAGCCUUCAAGAGCUGUUGUUUUAUGUGAUAUUUGUUUAAAAAUGGUUGAAUCUUGCAGUGCGGUGAAUUGUUGCAAUAGACGCAGAAAAGAUGUGAAAAUGAAGUUUCACAGGAUAGCUACAGAUCCUAACAUGAGGAAGUUGUGGUUACAUGCUAUAAGAAGAGAAAACUUUACUCCCAGUACAAAAACGGUAAUUUGUGAAAAGCACUUCACUCCAGAGGAUUAUGAACCCAUCUCAAGAAAGAACCUAGCCAUCGAAGGGUUUUGAAAAGAAAACAUGAAUACAUAAUUUCUAGAAUGAACUAUGGUAAAACCUAUAUUGUAUUAUACACAAAUAUUUUGUAUACACACACAUAUAUAUAUAAGGGUUUUUUCUUUGUACACUUUAAUCUCUACAAAACUGGACGUGUUCCCACUACAUUUAAAAUAAUAUAAAUUUAAAUGUGCAUAAAUACUAUUUGGAACAUUAUAAAGAUAUAU